AUGGCUAAUCAAGAGAUAAGCAGACCGUACGCAUCUAGCCCGCAAGAAUGGAAGCCCCUUCAGGAGAUAGUUGCUUCUGUCAAUUGUGACUCUCGAGAUAAACUUAUUGCCUUUAUACACAAAAUAACGCAAAUCGAGUCAGGAGACGGCGAUCGAAGAAAAUCAUUCAUGUUGAAUUAUUUAAUACCACAACGCCAACAAUUUCUCAAGCUUCAGUCGCUUGUUAAAUGGUCUGAGCAUGCCGAUAUUAUUAAAAACUGCGAAUCUUAUCAUCAGGCAGUUCAAAAUCAGCAACGAAGAAUUAAUAUUGUGGAGCAAAACCUUGAAGUUCACGCAAAUUUCAUGCCAAGUACGAGUGUACGCUCUCCAGAUAUAAUUACAGCUAUCGAUGUACUUACUACAGGAAGAUACCAAAGGUUUCCAAAGGCUAUUGAGGAGUACCUUGCUCCGAAGCCCUUGACAGACAAUGAGGUCAAAAAAGCCCUAGAGGAACUGAAUAGUGUAAUUGAAUUACGAAUGUUAACUGAAGAAGUGGUUCCUCCAGCUAUGAGAAAAUAUCAUGUGGAUAAUGGAAGGAUAACAUUUUUUGUCGAAAAAGAAUUUAAAGUGGUGUUGACAUUACUUGAUCAAAAACCAAAUUUCCCUUGGCAUAUAGUAGACCUUAAAUUUCUAAUCCAAUCUGCUACUGAUAGGCUCUAUAGUGAUAUUGAUUUAUCUUUGCAUGAAGUACAAACCAACUUUGUUAUUCAAAACGCUCAAAUUAGACUAUAUCCAAAAAAUCCACCACUGCCGGAGCUGCCUUUAUCGAGAGUUCCAGGAAAUACGGAGCAAUCUACAUUAAAGCCCGCGAGACCCCUUCCCUUAAUGGAAUUAUAUGAUUUUUUACACACAUUCUGUUUAGAUAUGCAGCUUGAUAUACUUUAUCAGCAGGCGUAUCGUUUGGCAGGGACAAGAUGGGCAAACAACUUAUUUUUGGAAACGGAUGGAACCCACCUUGAAGAGCCACGUACUUUUCUUAGGAACCAAACUGCUCGACGAGUUAAAAGCGACGCAAUUGAAAUAACGAUUGCAGAAAAUAUAACGAAGCGUUCCUUAAUACAUUCGUCAAGAUCAAUGCUUUCAAAGUCACAUUGGUUAACUGAUACUUCGCGUAUCAAACCCGGCGUCUUGAACGACGGGCGUGGGUUAAAUUAUCCACAUAAAUUCUUGCAAGCUCGUUGGACCGGUUUAGCGGAUGAAAACGCUGAGUGGACAGUUUUGGAUUGGGAAUUUGAUCCGACCAAUUUGAGUUUUGAACAUCUUUUACUAUCUGUUGCACAAAAACAUGCUGAAUCGGUUAUUUUGGGUUUUAAAAAUGCAUUAUCAUCGCUUGAACUUGCUAAGAGUGUGUUCUCAGAGGAGGAUUUAGAAAUUAUAGAAGGUUGUCAAGAAUUUCCUGAUGAUUUUAUCUCCGAUGAUUCACCAAUUUCUGACAAUGUUGCAAAGAGAUUCUUGAAGAUCUCGUCAUUGCGUGUAUGGCUUUUUGGAGAUAGAUAUGUUACUAUCAGUAUAGAUAUUAGGAGUGGCAGAAUUAUAAUUGAAGAAAACAAUAAAAUUGAUGACGAAGAAUUUAUUAGAAUGUGUGAAGAUAAAAUCAGCUCUGCACCAAGUGACGAUAACUUUGUUCAUACACUUUGUUACCUAAAAUUCAGAUCCAGAAUUGACCAAAUUGAGAAGGCAGCUAAAUAUUUGCAGUUUGAUAUACAUCGUGAUCUGAUAUUACGUAAGGAAGAUCUUGAUCAACUGCGCACAAAACAACUCGCGUAUUUUCGCUUCCCACAAUAUGAUGAUCACUUUCUAAUCUGUGGGAUUAUGAAUGAUGGUAGUUUGCAUUACUGGUUAACCACUCUGAGCCGAGAACCACCAGUCAAAAGAUACAUAUUGGUAAAGGAUGCAAAAGAUCCUACUCAUAAACUGUCGUCUAUUGAACAAAUAUACCUAGAAGAAAAAAAUAGGUUUACAGAUAAAACAAGUUUAGAAUUACAAGAAAAACAAGCUGUGAAUGACGGAACCCAUUGUGGGAAGCGGAGUUUUGAAGAAAUUGGUGUUAAAGCAGAAGAUUCAUCAUCGAGAAAAAGAAAGCUCGUGAGAGCUAGUGCCGGGCUUGAAUAUGAAAUCGUACACCUUGCCAGGAUUUCUGCUCUUUGUCGUGCUCGUAUAUCUUACCUUAGAAUGAAAAAACAGAUCAAGUUGCAUGACUUGUCAUUUACUACUAUACAGCCUGAAAAAUCUCUCGAGUUUAUCGAUCCUGAUUCUUCCAUAUCUUUAACUUCGUCUAUACCAGUUUUGAAAAUGGAUGGAAAAUCAUUAUUAGCCAAAAUGCCAAUAGCAAUGGAUAAGGCUUUGAAUAUUUUUGGGGACAUUUAUAUUCGAUUCGUUGGCUCUCGUUUAUUAACAACUACAACGUGUUCGGUAAUAAUGACAACACGUAUAAAACCAAAUAGCUUGCCAACAAUAAAUAAUGCCGAUUUAUUAGACAACAUUAGAUACGAUCCCAUCUCUCAAGUUAUAUCUUUUAAAUACGAUGCUGAAGACACCUAUAUUAAAAACUUCCUUAGGGAUUGGAUAAAUAUAGUAAUGAUUUGUCAAGCUGCCUCUCAAGUAAGCUCACCUACGUGGGCAGAUACCACCAUCAAAGUCGCACCCUUUAACUUUCAGACCGUUAAAGUCAUAUAUUCACAGGACUUAUUUUUUGACAUUAGCUGUAAGUCUGACCGAUAUUCGUUACAAUUCGGUACUACUAGUACAACAAAGAGUCGGAAUCCACAUCAACGGAUAAGUACAUAUCUUCAAAAUACUUUGAAUUAUGAAUGUAACAUCGGAUCUUUAAUCUCUAUAUUGACACGGACGACUCCUUUGUUUUCUGCUUUGGAUGCGCUUGAAAAGGAUAAUGGAGGAAAGCGUGUUUUAAAUAUCAUUCCUCGAUCAUCUGAUCAUAUUCGUUUAAUAUGGUCACAACGGAUGUUACCUUCCUUCACAUCAGAACAAUUUUCAAAGUACGGAUUGGAUAUUGAAGUGAGAGAAGAAAACAAAAUUUUUAUAUACGAUACAUCUCUGGAUUCUCGAAUUACUUCUUUAAAACGAAUACCGCUAUGGGAGAAGUUUUUUGAGUCAGUCACGUCUGGUGACAUAAAAAAUGAUAACAUUUCUAUAAAUGAUUUUAUCCCUUUAUCAGAAGGUUUCGUUAUUCCCAUUAGUGAUACGCAUAAGAUAUUAGAAUGGUUAGAUAAACACAUUCGUCAAGCAUAA